UCGGCUGCAUUCAUGGCGGCGCCCUGCAAGGCGGUGAUCGUCCCCGGGAACGGGGGCGGGGAUGUGGCCACCUACGGCUGGUACGGCUGGGUGAAGAGGAGGCUGGAGCAGAUACCUGGUUUCCAGUGUUUGGCUAAAAACAUGCCUGACCCAAUCACAGCUCGAGAGAGCAUCUGGCUGCCCUUCAUGGAGACGGAGCUGCACUGUGACGAGGAGACCAUCAUCAUAGGCCACAGUUCUGGGGCCAUUGCAGCCAUGAGGUAUGCAGAGACCCACCGGGUGUAUGCUAUCGUGUUAGUGUCUGCGUACACGUCUGACCUGGGGGAUGACAAUGAACGGGCAAGUGGAUACUUCAGCCGCCCCUGGCAGUGGGAGAAGAUCAAAGCCAACUGCCCUCACAUUGUGCAGUUUGGCUCCACCGACGAUCCUUUCCUUCCUUGGAAGGAACAACAAGAAGUGGCCAACAGGUUGGAAGCCAAAUUGUACAGAUUCACUGACCGUGGCCAUUUCCAGAACACAGAGUUUCAUGAACUGCACACUUUAAUCUAGGAGUACCCCAGCUCCUCUGAUGCCUCAAUCAGUGAAGUCAGCAAUGUGUCUGCUGGAGCCAGCUCUGGAUCCUGGAGCCCCUGGAGGAUGUGACGGGGUGGCUGGCAAGAGGAGGAGGAGAAAUACCAUGUGCUGGAACAGAUGCUCCACCAGGGCCACGGCAGAGAACGUUCUGUGACUUGCUCACUAACGUAUUCCAAGCCCCCAGAACAGUGCCCAGCACAUAACAAAUGCAUGACAGGUAUUUGUGGAAUGGGUAAUCUCAUACACCAGGUUAAAAUAAAUUAUCUUACAUACCACAAAAUCCAGGAAAAAUGUUCGUAAUCCCCAAAAUUCUUUACUGAAGAGAGUAAAGUAGUUUUAGAUUUUUGAGUGGGUAAGACUCUAAGAGUUCACUGGCAGUAACAUAUCUAAAGUAGCAUCUCCAAAGCAUCCGAUAUGGGCUAAAAUUUUAAAAAUCUUUUUUGACCAGUUGUUUUAAAUCAUGACAUAGCUUAAAGAAUAAAAACCUGAAAUAUACUUGGAGCAAUAUACGUACAGUGAACAUUCAGGGGAAGAAAAGAGAUGGUUACUCACUGCCACAG